AUGGCAUCGACCACCGCACCCGCGCCCACGCCGCCGCCGCCUCUCCUCAUCACCGUCCGCUUCUCCAGCGGCCUUGCCGAUCUCGCCAUCGACGUGCCCACGCCCGACACCACCACCGUGCUCGCCUUCAAGCACAACCUCCGCCAGCGCAUCGCCUCGCGCAGCCGCUUGCGGCUCAUCUACCAGGGCCGCAUCCUCCUCGACGGCGCCUCCCUCGCCGCCGUUCUGAAACCGCUCCCCGCCGCGCCGCCAGCAGCAGCAGCAGCAGCAGCCUCCGAUCCCAAGGGUAAAGCCGUCGACAAGCCGCGCCCGAUUCGCGUCUACCUCAACUGCUCUAUUGGCGACGAGCUGAGCACCGCGGAGCUCGACGCCGAAGAGGCCGAGGCCGCGAAGCCCCCACAAGGCGGUGGCGGGGACCAGACUGCAGCAGCGGCGGCCGGAUCGGCGGCGUGGAAAAAGCCGCGGCCGAGGGGCUUUGAUAGGCUGUUGCAGGCGGGCUUCACGCCGUCGGAGAUUGCGACGCUGCGGACGCAGUUUGCGAGCAUCCGUACGGAGCGCUUCGCCUCCGACGCCAUGCCCUCGCCCGACACGAUGCGCGGCAUGGAGGACGCCUGGAUCGACGGCAACGCCGGCGAGCUGCCGUCGUCGACGAUCGCGGGCGGCGCGCUCGACGACGACAUGGCCAACAUGUCGACCGUGCUCGACGUCCUCAUCCGCGCCAUGAUGAUUGGCUUCUUCUUCCCGCUCGGAAGCAUGACCUGGCUGCUGCGCCAGGACGUCUGGGGCGAAAAGUGGCGCAUCUUUGUCGGCUCCGGCGUCGUCCUGAGCUUGACCGUCGGCGUCUUCAUGACCAUGGGGAGCGAGCAUUAG